AUGGUGUGGGCAGCCCCAGCCCUGGCACAUCCCUCAUCCUCUCUGCAGGCUGCCCUGAUUGUUGGAGCCGUCCUGUCCAACGCUGAGCAUCCCCACCUCGGGGUGCUGGUGUGUGACCUGGAGCCGGGCACCAUCCUGGCCUCGGACCCCAACAUCCUGGAGAAGCUGAAGCUGUGCCCGGCGCUGACAGAGGCACAGCAGGAUGCCCUCAAUGCCCUGCUCCUGUCGGGGAACACCGCGUACGGGGAUCCCUCAGGCUGGGAUUUACAGACUCUGCAAGACCUGGGGCCGCUCGUGCUGGCGUUGAACCGGACCACGCUGAGUUUGGUGGCCGAGGCAGCUCGGGAGGGUUUCAGGACGAGCAUCGCUGCCGCCUACAUCAGCCAGGGCCGUUCCCAGCGGGAGGAAUCCCUGCUGCUCCUCAGGGCGCUCGCAGCAGCCUCAGCCGCCUCCCAGCCCCGGCUGCAGCGCAGCACCGACCGCUGCCAGUCUGAGCCCAUCACUGCCAGCAACAUCGAUGACAUCGCCUUCCUCCUGCCUGAGGACCUGGACUUGUGCCUGAGCAAUGAUGUGUUAGUAGAAAACCUGGAGGCUGUGCAGGAUCUGCUACUCACCUCACAGGCUUACUUGGUCCUGAAAAAAAAGCUGGAUGAGUUUUUCCAGGGGUCAGUGAUCCCAGAGGAGAAGCUGAGGCACCUGGGGAUGCUGUCCCGCCUGUACACGGAGGAGGAGAUCAGCCAGUGGAAGGUGACAUCCAGUGAGACCCUCUCAGCCCUGCUCAGCGACUCAGAAGGACCUUGGAGCGAUUCCCAGGUGCAGCAGCUGCUCAGCAGGUACCUGGCCCUGGGGGGCUCCUUGACGGGGCCCCUGCUCCAGGAGAUCGGAGGCAGCCGCCUGUGCAACCUGCAGGAGGGGCAGAUCCAGCAGAUCCCUGCUGCAGCCAUCGGGACUGCUGGGCAGUUGGACAUCUCUUCAUGUUCCCAAACCAAGAAGGAUCUGCUCUAUAGGAAGGCUCGUGAGGCCUUUGCCAGCCUGGCCAGCACCUCUGGCUCCUAUUACUGCCAGAUCCAGCCAUACCUGGGUGGAGCUCCAGCAGAAGAUCUGAAGGAUUUGGCUAAUGCUGGUGUGGCCAUAAACAUGGAUCUGACCACCUUCCUCACCCUAAAUCCUAAGGAACUGCAGAAACUCAGCGUCACCGACGUGAAACAUUUGCUGGGGGAAAACCUCCCUGGGCUGAAGGAUCACGAGCACGAGCCCGUGGUGGUGAGCUGGGUGCAGCAGCAAUCCCAGCAGGAGCUGGACUGUGUGCUGGACAUCGGCCUGCAGGGAGGGCGGCCCGAGCCCACGGGGACAGGAUCCAGGCUCUGCUCCUGCCUCGCUCUCCUGCUGGCAGCCGCCAUGGGGAGUGUUCUGCUGGGGGGGCUGCUCUGA